UUAACAUUUAUAACAACCAGUCGAGUCAACCUCUGACCACAUUGAUGAGGAAUUCCGCGGUUAAAAUUCAAAUUCAACCGCAUUAGUUCGCUUUCGGGGUUAGUUCUAACCUUGUCUUGUAACACCAUGAAAUCGAAACGCGAAAUACCUAACGAAUACGAUUAUUUGAAAGCGUAUAGUUACAAUUUGAUAUUAACGGAAAAAACGAAUUGUGAAUUAGAAGAUAAGCGGAAUGUCGGGAAGAUCGACGGGGCGUUUUAUAGGAUUUUUUCGUGGCAGAUCAUGGGCAAACAGAAGGAGAGGCAAAUAAGUGAUCAAGAGACCAAAAAUGGAAGUAACAUCAAUAAUCAAGACAAUCCCACACGGAUCAGCCAAUACAAUGUACAACAACAAAGGCAGACCAAAAAGGAACUUCAUAUCGUAGAGUCCCGAAAUGUUUAUAAUAAUAACACACUAAAAAGGUACGUGACCACUUGCUAUUUUAAGCAGAAAACAGUUCCUUCGUGGUACAGCGAGUCUCUGGUACUAGACUUGGAAACUAAAAAGAAAACCUUUGAUGAAAAAGUGUUUUAUAUGAACAAGCUGCAGCCCUCCUAUUGGUCAGAAAGCGUGACCACCGAGGUCAACAGCCCCGCAGGGAAAACCUUUACUGCAAACCUGCUGAUCCCAGUUCCAGAGACAGGGACCCAUUACGUGUCACUGGAACCACAACAACAGAUGCCGGCCUUGACCAAUUGAAAUUGCUUGCGAUACAUUCCAUUAUUUUGUUUCUAUUGCCAUAUUAAAAUUAAAAAAAAAAAAUAA